AAAGUAUUUGUUUUGAAAUCUAAAAUGAUCGAUGUAAAGCAGUCACAAUGUACUUGUUUAGCACGUUUACAUGGCUCAAUUAAGAAAUUUGAGAUAAGAAUUUCACAAAUAUGGGAGUAACAGGUCUAUGGAAACUUGUGGAGCCAUGUGGAAGUCCGGUGCCCAUAGAGACUUUGGAAGGCAAGAUUCUAGCAGUGGAUAUUUCCAUUUGGCUUCAUCAAGUUGUAAAAGGAUUCCAAGAUAACAAAGGGUCUGUGCUACCUUAUGCUCAUUUAUUGGGUCUUUUUCACCGUCUAUGCAAACUACUUUAUUAUCGGAUUCGACCAGUUUUUGUAUUUGAUGGAUGUGUACCAGAUUUAAAACGAGAUACAAUAGCUCGAAGACAUCAACAACGGCAUAAAAUUAACAAUGAAGUUAACCGCAUACAAGCUCUCUUACUUCAAUCGCUUGCAAAAGAAGAAGUGGUACAAAGAGCACUUGGUGGUAGUACUCAACUUUUAAUGAAAUCUCCCAGUAAAAGUCAAAGUACUAAUAAUCAAAAUGAAAAUACAAAAGAUGACAUGUUCAAAUUACCAGAUCUCCCUGCUAUAACCGUUAAGGGAGAUGAUCAGGAGCGCACAGAUACUAGUACAGAUACUUUUUCUGAAACUUCGGAAGGGGACAGUUCGUUUGAUGAUUCCAAUACUUGGCGUGAAUACAAUGCAAAUAUACAAGCAAUUGAUGUUCGAAGUGAACACUUCAAAAGUUUGCCACCUGAGAUCCGGCAUGAAAUAUUGGUAGAUAUAAAAGAUACACGAAAACAAUCUUCUUGGGGCCGUCUACAUGAAUUGCCUUCAUGCAGUUAUGACUUCAGCUCUUUUCAAAUGAAACGCUUACUUAAGCGGCGUGCGGUGCAGGAAAGUCUCGAGGAAACUGAAAAAGAAAUGGGCGAACAAGCAUUAACCUAUACAGACUUGCAAAAUUUUUUUGCAGAAGAGGGAAUUUUAGAUCCACAAAAUCUUAAUCAAGGUGCUCUACCACUAUGCUCCGAUGAAGCUGUUCGAUUUACAUUAGUCCGCGAGUUACGGAAAAACUCGAAUAAAGAUGGUAAAUGCAAAAUAGAGCCAAUUUCAAAAGAAAAGAAGCUCAAUGUUGACGAAUUAUGUACGACGGACAAUAAUUCAAGCAAAGAUGAUACUGAUAGGAAAAUUACAGAACAUGAUAUUGAUUUGGAAGUCGCAAUUGCCAACUCUCUCGAAAAUGAAAGUCAAAUUGUUUAUAAUAAAAGUGACUAUGAAUAUAAAUCAAAUCAUAAUAUCAAAUUGAAUCCUCUGCAACGCAAGCAGUUAAAAAGUACCACCAUCGGUCCAGCUCGUACUUAUAUGAUUGAAUAUGGUGGUAUGAAUGACGAUGAAGUUGAAGGAAUAAUGGACAAGACAGAAAUAGCGUAUGAUACGGAGGAUGAAGAUGUGAAUAUUGCUAAAGCAAUUGCUGAAUCCCUAAAAGCUAUAAACACAGAGCGAGAGGUUGCAAAAUCUAGCGAGACAACUCAAGAUAUAUGUCUACAAGUAAGUGACAGCUCAGAAACCGAUUCUGAUCUCGAGGAAGUUGUUGAAGAGGUCGCCGUUCAAUUAGAUACCAAAGAAGAUAUAUGUCUACGAGUAAGUGAUAACUCUGAAACAGAUUCUGAUCUUGAGGAAGUUGUAGAAAAUGCUGCCGAUCCAAAAGUUAAUAAACAAUCAUCUAAAAAUACUUUAGAAGUUGUUAUAAAAACCCAAGAUCUCAUACUACCAGAAGAAGAUAUAUUUUCGGAUAUUUUUCAAACUUCGAAUCAAAGUUCUUCGCAAUUGAAGCAGCAAGACAGAAUUCAAAAUAUGGAAGAUAAGUCAAAAAAUACGGUAAAAGUGGAAAACGUAGAUGAGAAAACAAAUAAAAACUCUUAUGUUUUAAAUGAUAUUAAAAAACAAGAUCCACAAAAGAAUGAUGAUAAUUAUGAAGGCAACACAGAAAUUUCCUCUAUAUUAAAUGAACUUAAAAGACAAGCGAAUGAAGUGGAAAAAAUAAAUUUGGAUGUUAUUGAUAUUGAAAGUCCAAAUAAUUGUGAGCCUAUUAUUGAAAGCAAUAUAAAGAAUGAUGGAGUUGAAAAAUUAAAUUUGAAUGUUAUUAAUACCGAAGAAACGAGUAAUAUUGUACUUAAUAAUGAAAAUAACAUAGAAAUCUCUUCUAUAUUACACGACCUCAAAAGGCAAGCGAAUGAAGUGGAAAAAAUAAGCUUGGAUAUUAUUAAUAUUGAUAGUCCAGAUAAUAGUGAACCUAUUAUUGAAAGUAGCAAAGAAAUCUCAUCCAUAUUACAUGACCUCAAAAACCAAGCGAAUGAAGUGGAAAACAUAAAUUUGGAUAACAUUGAUAUUAAUAAAAGAGACGGUGAAUUAACACAAAACACUGAGGUCAUUGAAAUAUAUGAUAGUGAUGAUCAGAGGCUAAUCUUGGAAACGACUCCAAGUAAAUCACCGAAGCAGGAAACACCUUCAAAAACUAAAACUAUUAAUGAAUAUUUCGAAACUAAGUAUAUGGUAAAGCGAACUCCAGAAAGUAAUAUGGAUAAGAGUGCGGAGAACCGAUCACCUCAUGUAAAAUCACCAUUUUUUGUAAAGAAAUCGCCAGCUUCGAACCAUAAAAGAUCCGCUGAAAAGAAUAAAGAAUCAUCAGCACUUGGCAGAAAACUUUCUAAAGCGUCUAAAACACUCUUCGAAAAUGAACCUACAUCGGCCGAAAAUGCAUUGGGGUCGAAGCGACAAGAUACUAGAGCAAUUACUGAGGGCUUGCUGAAAGAUGCAGCUGGUGCUCUCAAAGAACAAAAAUCAACGGAAGAAUUAAAAGAAUUAGCUCAGGAUUUAGCCAAAGAGCGAAGUAACUUGGAGAAUGAGCGUAAUCGCCAAGAUCGCAUGGGGACAGCAAUCAACAAAAAUAUGCAUACGGAAUGUCAGGAGCUUCUAAGACUGUUUGGCAUACCUUAUGUUAUAGCGCCUAUGGAGGCUGAGGCACAGUGUGCUUUCCUUGAAUCUGUGAAUUUGACACAUGGCACUAUCACCGAUGACAGUGACAUUUGGCUAUUUGGAGGCAGAACUGUGUACAAAAAUUUUUUCGAACAAAAUAAACAUGUUUUGAAGUUCGAUGCUGAUAAAAUUAGUCAAUCUUUUAACUGUGAUCGUCAGAAAUUGAUACAGUUAGCUUGUUUGGUAGGAAGCGAUUAUACAACAGGUAUACACGGUAUAGGUACAGUUACGGCUUUGGAAAUUUUGGCUACAUUCUCAGCACCAGCAAAGAAGCUUAACGAUUUUGCAGGUAACAACACUAGCGCAACACCUGCUACUAUUCUGUCAGUACUUUACCGUUUUCGCGACUGGUUAAAGAGAAAUAAAGAUUCCACACAACCGGUUGGUAGUUCUACACUCCUCAAUUUGAGAAAAAAAUUGAAAAACAUAGAAUUAUUUGACGGUUUCCCAAAUCCUGCGGUCAUUGAAGCAUAUUUAAGUCCGACAGUUGAUGAAAGUAAAGCUUCAUUUAGCUGGGGAUACCCUGAUGUGGACUCAAUACAUAACUUCACUAAAAAAGUAUUUGGUUGGACAACAAAUAAGACUGAUGAUUUGCUUAAGCCUGUGCUAAAAAGAUUGAAUGACAAGCAAACGCAGUCCAGCAUACGUAAUUAUUUUACAGUAAAAAGUGUUACAAACUCGUUAAAAUUAAAGGUGAGCAAACGAGUUCAGAAAGCCAUAGCCACCAUGGCUGGGGAAUUAAGCGAGAGUGAAGUUAUAACCAAAGCGAACAAGCAAACAAAACAAAAGGGUCGUAGAAAAAAACAAAAUGAAAGUAAUGAAACUGAGAAACAGGCAGAAGUACAAAUAAUAGAUACAUGCAUGUUAGAGGGUCCAAGCACAAGUGUUGCCGCUUUAGAGCAUGAAAAUAAAAAGCGUAAGCCGAGAAUACCAGAAACUAAGCAAGUUAUUCCGCAACGAGAACAUGAUAAAGAAAUUAUGCGUCUGAAUAAAAAGAAAGCAAUAGCGUUAAUAAGAAAAUCUACGACAACAACGACCAGGAAAGGCACAAAGAAAAGUCGUACAGAUUAACUGGAAAAUAAAGCAUUACAGUUUACAUUACAUUGUACUUAUAUAUGAUACUGCUUAAAAAA